AUGCGUUCCCUUCACCUUCCCGGUGUCCUCUAUGGGGCAGAGCCACCCUUCCGCUUCCCAGACAAUCCAGCCUGCCCAUCAGACCUUCAAUACACAGCAGCAGACUAUCCCGAACCCCCUGUCCACGGCCCCGAUUCCUCAACCCCAUCGCAACACGUCUACUUGAUCCGCGUCCUGACCACCGCUUUAACUCGAGGCGAACUUACCUGGCAAGAAAUCCUCGAGCCGUCGCGCUUUCAACCAUAUGGUGGUGCAAUCCCAGGCCACGAUGUAGUUGGCAUUGUGGAUCGAGUUCUCAUAUCCCCAAAUGCCCAAUCAGAACCAAAGUUCUCACCCGGGGACAGAGUCUGGGCUCUUCUCGACUUUGACCGUGACGGUGCAGCAGCAACGUAUACGCUUGCCCUUGAAAAGGAGCUCAGCCUUGCGCCGAGCAACCCAGAUAGCUCUGCCAUUUCGGAGGAGGCCUGGGUGGAACAAAUGGCGACUCUCCCGCUCUCAGCACUGACAGCAUACCAAGCACUUUACACACACGGCAGAUUACCCCUACCAUCGACGGACUCACCGCUCCCGUUGUCGUCGUCGGCGCCGCGUAAAAGGGUGCUCAUUCUCGGCUCGGCAGGCUCCGUCGGCCUUCCAACGCUCCAGCUCGCCAAAGCAUCUGGAUUUUCCGUGAUCGCAACAUGCAGCUCAGCGUCUGCACCUCUGAUAACACCCCUCAUUGACGUGUCCACAGACACUAUCAUCGACUACACCUCCGAAGCAUACACCUCUUUGCCGUCCUCCUUCGCCUCUCGAAGCCUACCACCCGUGGAUGUGGUAGUCGACUGCAUCGGAGGGAGCACACUCUCCACGCUCCUCCUCACCGACACACCGGCACUCAACACUAUCAUAAACCCAGGCGGCCGCGUGAUCACAAUCGUCGCGCCGAUAAAGGUCUACGGCGCCGAAACCGCCGCGCAGAUCCACCAGAACUGCGCCAGAGCCGGCGUGGAGGAAGUCGAAUUCUUCGUCGUGAAACCAUCGGGCGAGGAAUUGGACGUCCUUGCGCGGUGGGUCACGGCCGGCAAAUUGAAGGGACACGUCCACCAGCAGCAGGCGUUUGGACUGGAGAACGGCAGAGAGGCCAUGGAGUUUGCCGAAGCCAGGGGACGAAAGGGCGGAGGGAAGGUCGUCUUGAGAGUGGCGACACAGUAA